CACGCGACUAGCUCUAUUUGCGUUUUUCUGCUCGCCUCAUUCAUUCCUAGCCCUAUCAACCGUCUUACACUUCUCUAGCUUCGCCUGUCGCUCUCCCCAUCUACCAAGGUUUCGUUUAAUUUAAUCGACCCUUCUGUAGAUGCGACCUCUUCUGUAGGAUCCCCACAAUGUCGCGCGCAGGCUAUGCCGACUUCUUCCCUGCAGCCCCCUCGGUUCUGGCGGAGAAGGAGAAGAAGAGAGCACAGGCUGAGAGGCAAGAUAGAAGGGCUCGCAAUGUCCCUGAUGAUUAUGAUAGGGAAUCUAAUGCUAUUUCCGUUUCUGAUCCGGGCCACAUUCACUCUAGCUCUUGUGCUCCAAUUUCUGUUGGUGUUUCAUUGCCUUCCGGGCAUCUCGUUACAACAUCGACUCUCACACCAACUACAACCAGCUCCUCACCUCCUCCGCCAUUGCUUAGUCCCUCCGCUGGAACAACUGCGAAGGGCGAUUACCCUCCAAAUAAAUUGGCGGCUCAAUCCACAAGUGCUAGGGAACCUUAUCCGCUACCACCACCACCCAUUCCUCCUCCACUAGCCCCCCUGACUCCAAAGGGCACACCCCCCGCUAUCAAGUCUGAUCCUUCUCGCAGAAAUUGGAAAGUCAAAUAUGAUCCAUUCCUAGAGAAGAAAAGUACCACAAGGAAGAGCAGAGAACCUAUUUUGCGUUGGGAUGGAGAAGGGAUUACGACCCCCGUCACAGACCCCCGGCUAGAGGUUGGACGGUACACCGAUGGCCCAAAGACUGGCAAGAAACGGCUUCGGUCGCAAGGGCUUUAUAGGACGAGAUGGAAAUGGGAUGAGAAUUAUAUUGGACCUGGCCCGCCCUCCCAGAUCUUGAUUACGGGGCUAUCCCCCCUCACAACUGAGACGGAAAUCUCGAUGCACUUUAGACCACACGGGGAUAUUCAAACAUUGGAGAUUCGGAUUGACCCUGCGACCGGAGGCUCUUUAGGAAUAUGUUCAAUCAUUUAUCGAGAUGGUCCAAGGUCCAGAUCUCCAGCCCAUGAGGCUGCAAAAAGAGCAGCACAGGAGGUUAACGGUUCAAGAGUAGGAAUUCAACGAGUUCGGGUAGAGUUGGAUAGAGAUGGGCUCAAGUGUAAAAAGCUGACCGGGAGAAUACUUGAGGAAAAGCGACGGAAGGAGGCGGAGGCGGAGAAGAAUCGGCUCAAACAACCCCUCAACAUAAGCUACGGGGAAUUAGGUUCUCGGCCACGCUCGCCGAGCGCCCGUGGGAGUUCGCCCUCUCGUCGAGACUCCCGGAUAGAUGGUAGGAGUGACGAUCGGAGCCGGGAUCAGCGUCCUACCCCAGCACCGAGGCCUGAUAACUACAGGGCACUCGAUCAUGUCGGAAGACUGCCCUAUAUAUUUAUCACUUCGCGGUGCAUUCCCGGGGAUGAGCGCUAUGUUCGACAUCUUAACGGUCGGUUAAAAAACUUUGGUUUGAAAGACAUCUUGUGGGAUAGAACUGGGUUUUAUGUUGUGUUCUGGGAACGGCGGGAUAUGGAGCGUUGUUUUAAAGUUUGCGAUGGAGACAGGCUAUUCUCCUAUACAAUGAUAAUGGAAAAACACCCCGGCAGUAAUCGGUCACCAUCUCCGCCCCCGGUAGCUCGACCCGAGCUAAGAAAAAUGGGACCUAAUGAGCUUGUCGUGGAAGCAACAAAUGCCCUAAUGAAGGAUAUGAAAUUAGUUUUGAUGAAAGAUCUGAGGAAACGCUUGGCUGCCCCAACGAUUUACGACUCCCUUGAAGUUGGAAGGUUUAAUAAACGGCGUAAGGUGGAGGAGGAAGAAGUACAAGGAAUUACUGCAGGUAGUCACCAGGUUCUAGCCGUUUCUUUGGAAGCAAGCAUUCGCUCACCGACUACGCUCUUGCCUACCUUGGCUCUCAAAUCCACCGAAAAGCUGACCUCGGCGGUGGCAAAGUCGGCUUUACAGAAGCCGACUGCGCUUCCGCGGUUUAAGAAGCGAAUAUUAACUAAGGCAGAAGAUUCAAGCACACCGGAAGCAUCUCCAUUAUUACACGGAUCUAGGACGAGACUCUCCAAGGCGGAUGCCCGGCCUUUAGCACAUCGAUUGAAUCAGUAUAAUUCCGACGCUGGAUCAGAUGACGAGUCAACUAUCACUGAAAAUAGGCCUGUUUCCCGGGGGUCUCGUGCCUUAUCACUGGAUACCGGGGAUGACGAUUCUGUUAGCGUUGCACUUUCAGCAAAUGAAGGAUAUCGAAAACGGAAAAGGAGCGUUGGGCCUACCUCCAAACUUAGGGAUACUGCUGUUUCUACAGAUGAUGAGGAUCAUAGUCUUGAGAAAGAUGAUGGGUCGCAGGGUUUACAUGAUCUGAAGAAACCCCGAAUUGAUCACCCUAGGCCCUACGAAGAUGGGGAGGUGUUUAUGGGGGACGAGGUAGAUGAGGAGCCUGCUGUUGCCACUCCACAUCGUACAUCCACUACCACUCCUCAAUUAAAGCCGAUCACGAAAAAUAAAUCUCGAACUAUCGAAAGUGAUAGUGAAUACUACGAGGAUGAGAUGGUGUUCACCAAGGCAGAUCCCAAAGAUGAGAGUGAACUGGUCAAUGUGCUAGACGAUGAAGAUGAUAGAGGUCCGGAGAUUGAGAUCCCCAAUAGGACUACCCUGUCGAGAGAACCCCGUAAAAGGAUUAAGACUACGGAGUCCAGAACCAACAGGGAUCUUCUCGCUGUCCCGUCUUUCGAUGCGGAUGAGGAGAAACAUGAUAGUGAGAUGGCUGGAAUGGACAUUGAGGUUUCAUGGGGUGUUUCUACAACAGAAGGCCCAAUGGUCACAGUCCAGGAUGACCCAGAUGCUAUUCUUGAUAUCGAUAGCUUGCAAAAUCUCGUUAAGGACGCGGAAGACUUCAAAUUUUUAGCUCAAGCCCUGGCAGCUGUGGAGCCGGCAGAUUUGGGGAACGUUCAAGCUUGGGCAUAUAAGGAAAAGCAACUGAAAGUCGCGCAAAAACAAAGCAUUGCCCGCAGCCAAGAGAAAAUCGAGGGAUUUUAUCGUCCCAACCCAACAGGUUGCGCUCGCACUGAAGGUUACCGCCGUGUCCCAGAAGCCGAAAAGUCAAUGUAUCUUCCCCAUCGGCUCCAGCUCGCAGCAAAGGUCAAAUCAGCAGCAAACAAAAUCCCAGAAGUUACCGCAGCCGCUGUCACUAACCCUACAAAGAAUCCUUCCUCAACCUCACGCAUGAACCGUGUUAACAAUCGUCGUCUUGUUGUUGGGUUGAACAACCAAAAGCAGAUGCUGUCCUCCGACGCGGACGUUAUGCGUUUUAAUCAGCUUAAGAAGCGCAAGAAGCCUGUCAAGUUUGCCCGCUCCGCCAUCCAUAAUUGGGGUCUAUACGCGAUGGAGAACAUCUCCGCUGGUGACAUGAUCAUUGAAUAUGUUGGCGAAAUCAUUAGACAGCAGGUGGCGGACAUGCGGGAGAAGAAGUAUCUCAAGAGUGGAAUCGGUAGUUCCUAUCUUUUCCGUAUUGACGAUACCACUGUUAUCGACGCUACCAAGGCGGGUGGUAUAGCCAGGUUCAUCAACCAUAGCUGUACUCCCAAUUGCACCGCGAAGAUUAUCAAAGUUGAGGGAAGCAAGAGGAUUGUCAUCUAUGCAUUGAGGGAUAUCCGCGAAAACGAGGAACUCACAUACGACUAUAAGUUCGAACGCGAGCUCGAGAGCGAGGAGAGAAUCCCAUGUCUUUGCGGAUCAAGUGGUUGUAAGGGCUUCCUCAAUUAGUGUUCUUCCUGUUCUCCAUCACCUGAUCUCCUUCCCCAUCUCAUCUAAUAAAUCAGUGCCAUUCCUUCUAUAUCACUUGCUGUCAUUUCUCUCCGUUUUUCUGGGUUCUUUUACAUGACCGCAUUCGUUUCAUUAGGGCCUGGGCUGCGUUUCUACAAUUUUUCUUCUCUCGUCAUUCCGUCUUUUUUUACUGCAAGGUAUGAUGCUUGAUUGCUUGCCGGAGGGGUAUUUAAAAAAAAGUUUUCUUGGGGUUUUGUUAAUCUUUUCUUUUUGCCUUUCUUUGCCUAUAAUCACUGUAUUCAGGCCCUGCUGGUUUACCCUUUUCUCUUUUUACACUUCUUGUACCAAAUCACUUCCUCAUCUUCCCCAUUUCCAUUUUCAUUCCCACACGUCGGUUUACCAUAUAUGGGUGUGGUGUGUUUCGCGGAGUUGGUCUUACCUGGUGCAUGGGUACUGUCCCGGGCAGCAGUUGGGGCGGGAAGUAAGUCAGUAUGGAGUUGCUGCCGUGAGGCAAAUAGCCAGAGUCUGGUAAAAUGUAUCAAGGAAAUUCAAGUGUGCACGAGAGGUCUGAAGGGAGUACGUGAGAGAGGCGGGGAGGGGGAUUUUCAUGUACCAUAUUUCAGCAUACAGUAUGUACUGUAGUACGGGGGUUCAUUUAUUCCCGAUUGUUGUUUGUUGUGGGCUUUAGUUUUAUUUUAUUCUCUCUGGUGUUGCGAUGCGAAUAGGAUGAAUG